AUGCAGAUCCCUUGGGCUGUGUGUGCUGUCUGUGUCCUGACACAAAUCACGCUUCGCUCUGUGCAAGGCUGGCAGGUGUUUAAAAAUGAUGCUACAGAAAUCAUUCCCGAGAUCACUGAAAAUCCAGAAACGCCAAUGGAGCCGACUUUCAGCAACAACAACACCAUGAACCAGGCAAAACAUGGAGGAAGACACAUACAACAAACUCCAGACCUCAGUGAUGCCGCCUUCAGCUGCCGGGAGGUUCGCACCACGCGGUUCCUGACGGACGGGCCGUGCCGCAGCCUGAAGCCGGUGAAGGAGCUGCUGUGCUCGGGCCAGUGCGAGCCCUCGCACCUGCUGCCCAACUCCAUCGGCCGCGGCAAGUGGUGGCGGCAGAACGCGCCCGAUUUCCGCUGCAUCCCCGCGCACAGCCGCACCCAGCGCGUCCUCAUGGCCUGUCCCCAGCAGGAGACGCGGACUUACAAAUUCCGGGCGGCCACGGCCUGCAAGUGCAAGCGCUACACCCGCUACCACAACCAGUCCGAGCUCAAGGACUUCGGCAAGGACGUGCCCCGGCCCCAGAAGAACAAGAAAGCGCAUCUGGCCAGAGCCAGGAGCGGCAAAUCCAACCAGCACGAGCUGGAAAAUGCCUAUUAGGAGGGAAGGGUGGAUGGAUGGAUGGGUGGAUGGAAGGAUGGAUGGAGGUGGCUCUGGGUUGUUGAGUUUGUGAGGUGCCCGGGAUGAGGUGAGAAUCUGCCUCCCAUGUUCUCAGAAGGCUGAUUUAUUAUUUUAUGGUAUUAUAUUGUAUUAAAAGAAUAUACUAAAACUAAGAGAAAGGAUACAGCCAGAAGGCUUGACAAGAAUGAUGAUGAAAAAGUCGUGGCUGACUCCUCAGAGUCCGACACAGCUGGUGGUGAUUGGUCAUUAAGUAAAAACAAUUCACAUGAAGCCAAUCAAACCUGUUGGUAAACAAUUCCAAAGCAGCAAAACAGGGAGAAGCAAAUGAGAUAAUAUUGUUUUCACUUUUCUCUGAGGCUUCUCAUCUUCCCAGGAGAAGAAAUCCUGGCGAAGGGAUUUUUCAGAAAAUGUGCCAGUGGCACUGGGCGACACAGACCAGCAGCUCCAGAUGUUUGCUGAACCAUCAAAAGGCACUCGGAGGUCACACCAUGAUGCUCUGACUGCAGAAGGUUCCAAUUCCUUCUGCUGAGCUGGGUCAAAUAGGCAAAAAAUGGGUCAGAUUGUAGCACUUAUGUGUGAUAAAGAAUGAGAUAAAUUCAGCUGGAGGCACCUGUCACUACAGGACACGAAAUAACACGCAGCUCUCUCAAGGCAAAAAGAGAAUUUUUAAUUUCUGGCUCCAGCAUUUAUAGAUUUCCAAAAGUGACAGUGGAUUGGAGGGUGACAGUGCCACCUCUCCACUGACACUGGACAAACCAACAGUCUGUCAAAUUUCUCCUCCUCCAGAAAAGAAUGCAAAACAAUGAUUCAUUUACAUAAAGCAUAUGAGGAAAUUUGUUACAAGAAUGUAAACAUCAGAAAGCUUAGAAAAACUUAAAUGUGAGGUUUUUCAGGAGAGAAGGACCCUUCCAUGUGCAUGCUGGACAAAUAAAUUAAAGUUUUCUCCCCCAGUCUCACGGGUUUGCUGCUGUCACUCACUUGUGUUGUCCUGCCUGCAGCUCAAAGAAUUGCAUCUUGUCUUGCUGCCAGCACUGGGCAGUUGUUUAUGCCCUGUAAAACAAAAAUACUGCAAGCCUUGUGGAUAAUCAACCAGUAUUGCUGGGGAGAAUUAAAUCCCUGAGUUCACCGGAAAAUAUUUAGCGUUAGAUUUUAAAUGUAAAACCAUUCGAUUAUUAGAUUAUUGAGUCACCAGAACACAUUUAGCGCUAGAUUUUAAAUGUAAAACCAUGAGAUUUGUUGAGUUCAUCAGAAAAAUCAGGGUGACAGGAGGUGCAUGGCAGUUUGUGUGUCCUGGAGGAGCAGGGAGGCAGAGGAGAGCGAAGCUGGUGUGGGCACAGCCACAUUUUGCUUUAUUCCAAAGGGAACAUUUACAGGAAUAGAAUCUUGGAAUCCGUUCCCCAGACCAGGAUGCAGGACAAGGCUGCAGUUAUGAAAGCACCAGGAGAGUCUCUGAAGGAGCCCUAGAAGGUUUGGGGCAGCAGGGAUUUCAGGUUCUGGUGGAUGAAGUCAAAUUGUUGGGAAAUGAGCACAUUACCAGAUGUCCUCGUGCACCAGGUGUUGCCUCUCGAACCGAAAUGUGACAUUAAUGUUCUCAAAACAGAAGUAAAAGUGUGACAAAUCCAUCUCAUAUUUUUAAUUAGAAGAUUAUGGGGUUGACAAGUUCAAAACUGGCGACUAGAACCAUAUUGAUUUGGGAACAAUGAUUUGUUUUAGGGACAAUUCAACAAAUUCUCCUGGAAUUGGAGCGGAGCAGAUUUAUGAACAAGAUGCUCCCUCCAAACCAGAUAAGCUCACUGAUGUUUGUCCUGUAAGCAGCUAACAUUAUCCAUAGCCUAACAUAGAAUAUAGUGAUUAUUCCUUAUUUCCUAGAACAUGUUUGACUUUAAUAUCAGCUUAGACACAUCCAUUUACAUUUUCUGUUCUGUAGAGGUUGGAUUAUGUGGCCACACACUCUGUAGCAGUAAAACUGUGCAAACCCAGCUCUGGGAGUGAGGUGGUGCUUCUGCAUUAAAAGUGAGCCUCUGCUAAGUCAUGAAUUCCUCUAGAAAAGUCUUUAGGAUAUGCAACUUUGUUUUUUCUUUAGUUUGGCAGCAAUUUUCCUUUGCUUAGCUUCUCAACACUCAGAGUAAUGUUUAUGUUUUUACAUUAAAGGAUAUUGUUAGAAAGUGAAUUGUCAAAUGCUGUAUACAUCCUGUAGAAUUUAUGCUGAAAUAAUAUAAAUGUGGAAAUUUGAAAUGUUGAUAGAUUUUUCAGUUGUUUUAUGUGAGACCAGAACCUAGGGACAAAAGAUACCAUUUCAGAGAGUGAAUUAUGUAUUUAUUUUUUUCCAGAAAAUUAUUUAUGCAAUGUUUCAACUUGUAGAGAACGAGA